CUGGCAAGAUGGCGGCUUUGUCCUCUCUCUUGCUGCGGAGUGUUUUUAUUUCGUUUUUAGGAUUUUUAUGUGCCGAAUCUUCCUUCCCAGUACCCGUGUUUAUAUGGUCUAAAGAUGGUGAAGUUCUUAGUUCUUCACCGGUACUGGCAGGGCACACAGUAAAGCAGAGUGAUUUUCAAGACAAGUAUCUUAAGAAACUAUUCAACACCCCGCAAAUCAUUUGUGUCUAUCUACAGGAUAGGUUGAGUAUAGACGAUCUUAGUCACUAUGGUGAUGCAUACAGUGCUGAAAACCAAGGCACAGCAUUUUCCAACCUAAAGGUUGCCAUGGAAGCUGCCAACUCAUCAGCUGUCCUACCAUCAGUCGAUCUUUCCUCUUCAAGUGGGAAGAAUGAUGAAUUGAUUCAGCUGAUCAGAGAAAUGGCCAAUGGUUUGGUAAAGGAGUUCAACCCAGAAGGUAAACAUGGUUGGGUUAGAAUGUGUCUCCCCAUGUUUUCAUUUAUUUUCUCUCAUUUCAGACUUCUUCCNCUGAUUGGUGCAAUAAAUGGUCAGAUAUCAUCCACUAAUUUGCCAUACACAUGUAUUAUGACUGUAGCCUCCCCAAAUGAGGUAAUUCGUGAAAGACUUUUGUCAGAGAAACGAUUGCAAGAGGAAUCUCAUGACAGAUUCCGACGAGCUGCGGAUGUGGAAACUUUUGGAGGUGUGCUUGAAGUAUCCAAGGAUAAUAGUCUUAUAAAUGGGAGUCUGUUUGCUGAUGCUAAGUGCAUUUUACUGUACUUCAAUGGAUUUGAAAUUCAAGUGAAUAAUACCAAGUAUGGGGUUAUCAGCAAUGCUACAGACAACUUAUCUUUUGAUGUUCAUGGGGAUUGUGCCAAUACAAGUGACAGUAUUACAAUCAGUUUCAAGGGUAUAGAAGAUUUCCCAACAUUACACCUGAGCUUUGCUUUUACUACAAAUGCAUCUGAGUGGAAAUGCAUUGAUGCAACCUUGACAAUUGAUGGUACAUAUGGCAGUCAAGAGUUUAGUGGCAAGUUCACAUACAAUACAAGUGGAGUACUGAUGGCUCCUAGUGCAUUCUCGUACAGUUGUACCAAUAAAGGCAAGUCACUUUUUUAUGUACAUAGAAAGCCUUUUUGUCAAACUAACAUUUCAUUUUAUUCCCUACAGGUUCAGCCAAUUAACGUUAAGAACGGCACCUUUUCCUAUGCCUACGACUGUACAGGGUUCUUCACCAUCCCUAUCCUCAUGGGGUUGAUCACAGCUGGUGUUCUUCUGAUCAUUCUCUUUAUUGCUGUGCUUGCCAUGUUCAGCUUGACUACAAUGGAUCGCUUUGAUGAUCCCAAAGGCCCUACCAUCCAUGUUCCAACUGGUUAGACAAGAAUGAUGUCUUAGAACAUGGAUAAGAUCUGCUGAUAGUCUGAAAUGCAUUAUACUGUUUCCUUUUGAUAAUAGUGUGAUCAAUGAUUUGACAGACUUUCGUUGGUUGAACAAAACUUUCAACUUUAAAUUUCAUUAUUUGAGGUGUUACAAUUCUAGUCAAGUGUUCUGGAAAUGCCCUGAUCAUUUUCAAUUGUAAGUCUUGCAUUGUGCAAUCCACUUUUCUUGUUAACAACUCGGGAAAGUGGGAAGGGAGUAAUGUUGAAACAAUCAUGACCAGGAUUUUAAAUCAUGCUAAGUGUUCAUAACAAACCCAUGGCAUAUCCAGGGAGGAGAGGUCAGGAGGCCAGACCCCCCCACCCCAUGAGACCAAGGGAUUUUUUUCUAUUAGGUACUUGUCUGAAAUCAAAAUGGCAUGAUCACAUAAUUAUUAAUACUCAAGUUAAAGUAUUUAAAAUUUAGUUAUCUUGAAAUAUUUCUAAGCUUAUUUAGGUUCUAGUCUGAGAAAAAAAGCUGUUUUUUUUUCUGAAUCAGUUUUGACCCAAUACCCCACUCUUACUCCCUAUCAAACUUUUCAAGAUCUGCUCCCCAAGUCUCAUUAUGAAGAGUCCAGCUGAUUGUGAAAUUGGAAGGUUUAAGGCAAUCUUGUAACCAGAUCCUUUUGUAACUGCUUCAUGGUGGAAGGCCUGUGUGCAAGACUAGGUGUAAGGUUGAAGUCCUCAUGAGUGACUCAGAAUUUUGCUUUUGUCUUAAUUAUGACAGGUGUUAAACAAAUUAACUGAUAUAUUAAUGAUCAAUUCAAUUAACAAUGUUCAGAUGAGAGAUGGUGUGUAGCUUUUCGUGGGGAAAAGAAUUCAGCUGAGCUAUAUAUUACUUUCCAAGUGGUGGAAAUUUGUUUUUUAUGUCAAACAACAGUAAUGAUGAGGAAUGUUCUUUUAGAAGUUCCUUCAUUCACGAUCUUUGGUGACUUAUAUUUUUUUUUAUCAUCGCAGUGAUUGUUUAAAAAUUUAUUGUAAGGAUCUCUAACAGAAAGUUAGGUAGCAUGUGAAGUUUGCUUUAUAUAUUUUGAAUUAUUGUUUUCUAUUACCAAGAUAAUUUCUUCUUCAGUGGCAAACUGGAUUACUGAGUAAUUGUUUGGACAUUUUCUAGCUUCUUAAUUUAUAACCAAUGACUUAUCAACUCAAGCCUUUGAAUUAAAUAGAAGAGAGAAUUUCCAAUCCAAGUGAGGGAAUUGUUUCUGUUUUUGUUCACAAACUUGUACUUUUCAAAGCAGCAUUAUGUAUCCAGCAUUCCCUUUGAUGGCAUGAAAAAUAAAACUAAAAGCACUAUU